AUGAAUCCUGCAGCGGCAUCUACAUCGUCUCAAUGGGCUUGUGACACAGAGUGGGAAGGUGUUCGGGACAUCUGUAAACGCUGCAACCGAGACUUCUGCUUGGUAGCCCUUCAUGAUUAUGAUACUGGAUUUUGCAAGUCCCCCAUGUGCAUCGACUGCGCAUAUCGUCCUUGUCCAGAGUGUGGAAAACAACACAUACUUUACAUAAGAGAUUCCGGUGGGCAUCCGAAUGCGAAUGCCAGCCAGAAGCUUCUGGUGCUCUUCGACUUGAGCGGUGUUCUUUGCUGGUCCCCUCGAGAUGGCAACAAAUUGGACACUCCCUUGAGUCCCAUCGAACGACCCAUGGGAAAGCGAGGUCACCCUUCCUGGUUAUACCUGCGACCUGGUGUGGCAGAUUUGCUCACGUUUUUGGAGCGCCAAACUGAUCAUGCGUUGCUGGAGUGGGGCAUCUAUACGACCCGGAACUUUGACAACGCCUUGAUCGAUAUACAGCUUCUUCUCUCACACUCUCAUCGCUCACUGGACAAACACCAAUGCAAGAGGUUGAGUUUUCAGUCAAGGGGUGAGAAGUCCGACGAUGACUCCGCUGAGGUUGGCAAGAGCAAGGGCCCAGCGGAGUUUCACAAGCUGCAUUACUGCCGUCGAGGUCGCGAGCGCUUCUUGUGGUACUUCACUCAAGAAGAUUGCGAGCCGGAUUUUGGUUGCAGCUCCGUGUAUAAGAACACCGGCGACCGAAAACAUGUCUUCAGCACCGAUGUGGCGGUCAAGGCUGGCCGGAAGCCCGAUUCCAUUCGUUACGUGGCCGGCAACGAAAGCAAGUUCAAACUUCUGAAUCAGACACAGUGCAUUUUGGUGGAAGACUUCACGGACGAUGCCGUGCGGUCUCCCGAGUACAGUGACAAUGCUUUCGCCGAGGUCCUCAACCAAAUCAAUCAGCAUGAAGUGUCCGUGUUCGCCAAGAAGAGCAAGAACGACAAAGAGUACUUCAGCAGACGCCAAGAGACUAUCCACGCAGCUGUAAUGUCGCAGUGGGAGCCAAUCAUAGCGAAAAUCGUCCUCUCCUUCCUGGAGAAGUCAAAAGGCUACAAGCAUUGA